AUGCCAGACUUGGUAGAGAUAUGUAUUGGCAUGCUGUCGCUGCUCCCCCUGGCUUGCGCCAAAGUUGUCUACAACCACAAUGAAGUGUUCCUGGGACAACAGUCUGCGUCCUCGUACCUGUCUCGCUCGCUGCUCUGGAACAAAUGGGACCUGGAGCUGGUGACGCCAGGCAACCUUGAGAGGGAGUGCAUGGAGGAGGUGUGCACCUACGAGGAGGCCAGGGAGGUGUUUGAGGACACACCCCAAACGAAUGUAUUUUGGGACACAUAUACCAGCAAUCACGACACGGCGCCCAGAGUGGAUGUGUCGGGUCUAGUGGCAGGGAUCUUGGCUAUUCUAGUGUCUGCUGUCAUAUCCACGGUGCUGGGCUGCUACUGUUACAAGAACAAGGCUGGUAGGACGGCAGGCAGGUAAGAUUGAGUGUGUGUGUUUGCUGGCCAGCCUGCCCCAGAGACAGUGCCUCUCGCUGGGAUCAUCGCCCCAGGACUGCCCUCCUAUGGCGAAGCCCUGAACAGCAGUGGGCAGCAUGACGCACCCCCGCCACCUUACUCUGGGGGGGCGCCAUCAGAACCUCCUGACCCAGUUGACAAUACUGAGAUUACUGCUAAUACUGAGGACACUGAGUGAAAAGGAGGGAUGGGCAUUUUUAAAAAGGGGCAUUCAUGAAGUGUGUGUGUGUGUGUGUGUGUUACAAGCUUCUUCAGUUGGAGUUCUGGACAGUUAUAAGUGAGCACAGCUGUGAACAUUUCCAUUUCAUUUCCUGUGAGUUGUUGAAAUAGACAUGGUAUAUGUCCAUAUAAUAGGAGAGCAUUUCAAUCCCUGUACUGAUUGAAAUUGGGAUGUAAUUGACACAGUUCUAGUUUUUAGGAGUUUUUUUUUAUUCAGGGGAAGAGGGGAGUUCAUGGGGGCAAGGCUGAAGGAUGUUAUAGAUAGAGAAAUUAAGGGAAUGGGAUGAAGACUUGUUAAGAGGUUACCUGUGAGAAAGAGAAGCAAUCCCUUGAAAGUUACAUAUCUUGAAAACUUGAUUGCUGACAGUCCCCAAAUGUUUUGCUUAUGUCAACAAUGGACUAAUGAAACAAAGGAUUGUUUUUGGGUGGAAUUUCCUUUAAUAUGU